UACAAGGAACACCAAAAAAGAAAACAAAAAACAUGCACAGACUACUAAAAUCUAUUUAAUUUAUACUUUUUGCAUAAAACCUCAUUUUGGGGCCGAAAAUACUUUAUUUUUAGUUCUCAUUUGAGUUAAAAUGUCGAGUGGGAGUGGUGCGGGCGCUCCGCCCCAGGGUGGCGUGGUCAGGAGCAGCGCGUUGUCCUUUGUUGCGUCUGCGCAGCCCGCGACAACAGCUGACAACGUUCCCGGGGCUCCGGAUAUGAAUCGGGAACAGGUAGCUCAAACAGAUCGCCUGGUCCCGGCAGGAUUGACAGCGCUAUGUGAAGCAUGCUCCAGACUGUAUCCUGACCAGCCGAACCCUUUACAAGUUACUACUAGACUCAAGUACUGGCUGGGUGGCCAUGAUCCUCUGGACUAUAUCAGCAUGUAUUGGAACCCGGGCAAGCCAGAGGAGCAAAUACUGCCACAUUGGCAUUAUGUCAGUUUCGGAGUAUCAGACCUGCACGGUGACGGGCGCGUGCACCCUCCGCCGGACAUGUCACCGGGCGCUCCGUCAGGGUACGGCUUCGAGCUGACGAUGCGACUGUCUGCCGAGGAGGGAGUCACUCAGCCUCCUCUCUGGCCGGCCGCGCUACUGCAGGCGUUGGCCAGAUAUGUCUUUACUACAGGUAACAAGCUAUGCGCCGGCGACCACAUAACAUGGCACCGCGCCCUGGACGGGGGCGCGGGGGCGCCGCGCUCCCGUCUGCGACACCUACUCGUCGCCACGGACCCACAACUGCCCACUACACACACUCCACACGGUACUGUCACGUUUUUACAGAUAGUAGGAUGUACCGGUAGAGAGCUGAAGGCAGCUCAGCGAGGGUCCGGCUUCGAAGUACUGAAGCUGAUCAGUGAAGACCCCAAAUGUGGCGGGGGUUGGCUAGUGACCCGCAUGUCGCGUCGCACGUCGUGUGUGGGGGCGCGGGCCCCCGUGGUCGCGGGAGGGGUGCCCGCCACGCUGGCCGGGGUCUCCGCCGCGCUGCGCUGGGGGGCUUGGAGCCCUCAACCCUCAGAACAACCGGCAUCCCCGUCCCCCCUCCCCCCGUCAGUGGAGCAACAGAUCAAGGACACACUACAACGCGGACUCAGCUCCAUGACUGACAGGAGCGGACCUGAAGGACACAUGUCGACGGACAGUUUCGAGAUGUCGAGCAUGGAGCGAGCGCUACCGCAUAUACCGGAGCUCAUGGAGGGCUCGUGGCGCGGUGACAGCGACGUGCAGUACUUGGAAGGAGUGCACAUCAUGCUCAAUGCUGAGGGAGCCAGUCUACUGCCGCUGGCUAUCGACGGGCGCAUCCUGGCCGGCAGCCACUUCACGUGGCGCGGGCGGGGCUCCGCCCUCACGCUGGUGGCCGCCGGCGUCCCGGGCUCCAAGGUACACGCCGCCAGGCCCUACACCGCCUGCGCUGCGUGGUUGCAGGUGUUAAUCCCAAAGGACUUAGCUCUAGACAUGUCUAAGAAAGUGGCGCCAUUCGCGAAACUGGCCGACUCGGACUCCGAAUCCAACAGUGACGAGGAGGAACCAGGCGUCGACCCUCCCAUGUUACCUCUCACUCUCACUUGGCCCAAACAUAAGUUAAAAAUUACUGUUUUGUCUGAUAGUGAGUUUUUAUAGACAGUUAUUGUGUAGAUAGUUUGGUUAAGUUAAGUAGCCUCUAAGGGCCAUCAGACUACCACAGAUGGGGCCCAGUAGGUCUCACAGAAAACCGACGUGAAGCAACGCUUAUGUUGUGUGAGUGAGGUUACCGAAGGCCCACUUACCCAUCUCCCCAAUCCCCAAUUCUCCAAUAACCCUUAAAUUCCUAAUCUUCAAAAGGCUGGCAACGCAUUUGUAAUGCUAGUGUUUCGACUGUCCAUGGGCGGCGGCGAUUGCUUACCAUCAGGUGAUACGUCGGCUCGUUUACCGGAUUAUACCAUACAAA